AAAUUAUACUCUGUACACUAUCGAAUCACCUCUGCAUGUGUCAGUUUUGUACGGUUAUUAGCCGCUAACCUCACCAUGGAGCCCCGGGCUCGCGCCGCCAAAAAUCGCGGCCAGCAGAACUUCACGGACCAAGAACUCCAGAUGCUCCUGUACGCCCACGGCGAUGUCCCAAACUCCCUCCCUGGCACAAUCCGCGUGCUCGAUGAGAUGCUCUCCGACUUCAUCAUCGAGCUGUGCUUCGAAGCGGACCGCCCCGCGCAGCUAGCCGGACGGCAGAAGGUCAAGCUCGAGGACUUCAAAUUCGCGUGCCGCAAGGACCCGCUGAAGCUGGGCAAGAUCGAGGAGGUGUUCGAGCGCAAGGCAGAGAUUGAUGCCGCGCGUAAGGCGGUCGAUGUGAGCGAUGACAAGAUCACGAAGACGGGGGUUGAAAAUCUGGUGGGCGAGGAGCUGGGGGAGGCGGACGAUGAUGCCGAUACGCAGAUUGUCGGCGGGAAGCGGGGGAAAUAUAAGAAAAAGGAGCCCAAGGAGCCCAAGGAGUAGGUCUGAGUGGGUGCUUUGCUUGUUUGUAAAAGCCAGCAUGAUGGGUUCAGGAGGCGUUGGGAAUGGGGGAUAUCGUUUUAUGGGCGUUUUCGGAUCAUAUACCCACAGCUCAGGACAUGGAUGGAUGAGGCGCUUGAUGCUCACGAUUGGCAGAAUUAUAGCCAAAAUUGAUGGAGACGAAAAAAACAGCGAUGAUUUCACACUGCCGCCCAACAGCGAAUCUAGGUGACCAAGAAAAUCUGUGUCAACAAGGCUAUUCUUCGGAGAGACUCGUCAUUGCUACCUAACGAUCAGCGUGAGUUUGUAUCGAUGUCUGUAAUACGUUUUCUGGGCAUCCUUCGCUCUAUAAUUGUGGGAAUAGAGGCCUUUUGCGCGAGUAAGGCACAGCAAGCCACCCCUUUUUAUAUUUUGGUUCAACUCACAAGUCUGCAUCAGUGUGUAGUUUCGUCUUUCAUUUUCUUUCCAUAACUAGUUUACUAUUGAUGGUCAGGAAUGGCUGUGGAUAACGCUUGUUGACUUGUGUAAUAUUUGUAUUAAUUC